AUGAUCGCUUCAAACAAUGUUUUGUUAGUUAAAUGUAUAUUUAUUAGCUUUUUCACAAUUUCCAUUAGUGUUAAAACAUAUCAAGUCCGACGAGUCAACGAAUCUACAUAUUUAGUAACCAGUUUUCCUGAAUUUGACUAUGAGAAUUUCAGACUGUAUCAAGAAUAUACUUUAAAGCCACGUUAUCCACCAUCUACGGAUAAAGGUAAAAGUUCCAGAUCUGUUUAUCAUAAUACAAAAACGGUAACCAUUGUCGGUGGAACGAAUGAAAACAUGAAACCAAAAGUACCUGCUUCAGUAAUAAAUGAAGCAAGAGAUAAUUAUUUCAAAACAUUUUACGCGACCAUGAGGAAAUCAAUACAGACUAAUCAUCACUUUAUAACAAUGACUGAAGCUACUGCAGAAAAGAAGCAUAACUUAACGAAUUUCAAUCAGAAUCUGUUAACAGCAAGAAAACUGGCUUCAUUUUUAAUCGGAGAAGUUCAAAACAAACCCGACUUAAACAUAAACUUAUAUAAAGAAAGAUCUAAAAGGAAAUUGUGGGGAAGAAGUGACAGAUUUAACUAA